CAAAAAUACUAACUGCGAAUAAAGUCUACUACUAAAUUUGUAUUAAAUAUUUGUAAAAGUAUGCCUGGUUGUGCUGCAGUAGGCUGCCAUAACAGGCCUGAGAAAGGAUUUAUUAUGAAAUGCUUCCCAAGAAAUGAAAAACAACGGGCGAUUUGGACUUCUAAAGUUAAACGACUUAACUGGAUACCUACAAACACAAGCUUUUUAUGUAAAGUACACUUUGAUGCUAAUCAAUGGGAAAAAACCAGAGAAGAUGGAUCAAGAAAACUCAAACAUAAUGCAAUUCCUACUGUCUUUAAACAUGUUAGAGCAAAACAUAAGCGAAAAAUUCCACUCGAGCGUUUUCCAAUACCAAAAAAAAGAAAAUAAGUUGUAUAGAAAGUGGAGAAGUUGUGGAAAAUAUUUUAAUUGAAGUAAAUAACAAUAUAGUAUUUAAAUCACUUUGCACAACUGAGGUUGAUAAAAGUUUACUUAUACAAGAUUUAAAUGCGAAAUUGGAGAUUAGAAAAAAAAGUCAUUAGUCAAAAAAAAAUAAAUUAACAUUUUAAAAUCGAAAGCAAGAAUAAAUACUAUUCAAAAAUAUAAUCAUAUAAAGAGAGAUAAAUUUAGAGUUUUGAAAACAAUAUUUAAAGAAGAUCAAAUUUUAUCCUUAAGUAGAAAAAAUAUGAAAUUCAUUAAAUGGUCAAAUGAUACCAUAAAUGAAGCGUUAGAACUCAAAUUUACAUGUGGUCAAAGUGGUUAUGAAAAUUUACUUCGUUUAAACUUACCAUACCCAUCAUUACCUACCCUACAACGAAGAUUAGAAAAUCUAAAAUUUCAAAGUAGCAUUCUAACAGAAGUCUUUGAGUUUAUGAAAACUAAGGUGAAUGCCAUGAAAAUCCAUGAAAAAGAAUGUGUUUUAAUUCUUGAUGAAAUGUCAAUAACUGAAAGUGACUAUGACACAUCUACAAGCUAUUACUAUGGAGUUGUUACAUUACCUGAACAUUAUGGCCAAGCUAACCAUGCUUUAGUUUUUAUGCUUGGAGGAAUAUCUACAAGAUGGAAACAAACUGUUGCAUAUUAUUAUACUGGAAAUUCUGUUAAUGGGGGUGUUUUAAAAAACAUUGUCUUAUCUAUAAUAAAGUAUACUGAAGAAAUAGGAUUAAAAGUUAAUAGUGUUACUUCUUAUAUGGGUGCCAUUAACCUGGCAAUGUGGAAAUCUUUUAAUAUUAGCUGUACUAAAAGUGGCAGUAUUUCUAGUUCAAUUAAACACCCAUGUGACCCUACUGAUUUUUGA